AUGCCUCGUCCUGGGAGAAACACGUACAGCGACCAGAAGCCUCCGUACUCGUACAUCUCUCUCACGGCCAUGGCCAUCCAGAGCUGCCCGGAGAAGAUGCUCCCCUUGAGUGAAAUCUACAAGUUCAUCAUGGAUCGAUUCCCCUACUACCGAGAAAACACGCAGCGGUGGCAGAACUCGUUAAGACACAACUUGUCCUUCAACGACUGCUUCAUCAAAAUCCCGCGGCGUCCCGACCAACCGGGUAAAGGCAGCUUCUGGGCGCUGCACCCCAGCUGCGGGGACAUGUUCGAGAACGGCAGUUUCUUGAGACGCCGUAAGCGCUUCAAGGUGCUCGGCGCUUCCGACCACUUGGCCCCCAGCAAGCAGUCGGACGCCGCCCACUACCUCCAGCAGCAGGCCAAGCUGCGUCUGAGUGCCCUGCAGGCGGCAACCGGCACUCACCUGCCCCAGAUGUCCACCUACAACCUGGGGGUGUCCCAGACCUCCACGUUCAAGCACCCGUUCGCCAUCGAGAACAUUAUCGCCAGAGAGUAUAAAGUCCCGGGGAGCUUGGCCUUCUCCACCAUGCAGUCCAUGUCCGCCGGCUACCCGCUGCACAACCAACUCACCACGGCCUGGCCGCACAUGUACAAUAGUAGCGUGAUGGACACGGCGGCGCCCAUCUCCAUGGCACCCAGCGACUACAGCGCGUACGGCGUGCCCAUCAAGUCCCUGUGUCACGGGGCGCAGACUCUCCCGGCCAUCCCGGUGCCCAUCAAGCCCACGCCGACAUCCAUGGCCGGCUUCUCGGCGCUCCCGCACCACUUGCCCGCCUUCCUGUCCAACUCGCCCCAGUCUCUGAGCCCGACCUCCCCACAGACUGCCACCAGCCAAAGCAGCCCCGCCGCCCCCAACGAGACGCUCACCAGCCCGGCCACCCUGCAGUCGGUGGCGGUGCACUGA